ACAAUAAAUGAAACUAUCUAUGACACUACUAUUAAGAUACUUUGCACUAUGAAGAUAGUAACUUAGACUUAACACUAGUCAAGUUACUCACCACUAUGACCAGCCUCAGAAAGAAUUCUCUUCGCAUCCCUUCCUUCCCUGUAUCAUCGCAGCAGCCAGGACGGCGCGACGCCAUCAACCACCGGGCGGUGACCCGCAACCUAGAGCAGGUGCAGGAUCGCCACCGCCUCCGGCCGACAAGGAUUGAGCUCCAUGGUUCCAGGCGCACCGGGCAGAUCCGCCGCCGAGGGGACGACCUCCACCACUGCCCCGCUACCCUGCAUACUCUACGCGCCCAACCCCGGCCACCUCGACGACUCGCCUCCGCAUGGACGACCUGCACCACCGUCCUACUACCCCAGAAUCGACGCCGCCGCCGCCUUUUGGCGACUUCCCCUACCCAAGUGGCGUCUCCAACAUCAGAUUGGUGUCUGCUCCUUUGCUCUGAAAACGUGUCAUGCUGUCCAGAUCCGUUCUCUUUGUCCUGAAGUUGGCUGGGGACUUUCCACAUGGCAAGUUCCAUUGGAUGUAUCAAAGAUAAAAUGAGUGGAUUUGGUAUCAUACCACUCAUGUUUCGGCACUGUACCUACAAACUUUGAGUCUAUAUUGCCAUCUCAAAAAUACAUGGGUAACAUAUUAAAGGUGCAUUCAUGUAUUUUUAUUUGACACCAUGUUGAUUAUAUCAUUUUUUGUUUGAAAAGAACUAUCCCUGAAGUGAUCAGAGCAGUACCGUGUGUGCCGCCCAGUCGCCAGGUCAAGCUGCUGCGCUAGAUCGUCGUCGUCGUGGAUUGUCGUCAUGUUCGCAGCCAUCGCACCACCUGCCGGAUUAUUGUGGCAACUCCUGUUAGGCAUCCUCUCCUGAAUCCUCAUAGAACUCACAUGUACUCUUGGUUCAGUCUGUUUCUUAUGUGAGAUCUGAAGUCACAAUUUCAGUUAGCUCGGAACUAAAAAUUCAGUGAUCAUGAACAAUAUAUUCAAGUAGAGCAAAAGGUUCUUCUCUAUGAUUUUCUUGGAUGAUUUCCUAAUUAAGUUACCGAUGAUUAUUUCAAUCUGUUCUGUCUUGAGCAAGCAAGCCGGUCUGACACUAAUGUGCCACUGUACUUGACUGGUUGUCACUGAAGCUUAUAUAUUACUAUUUCAGAAAUUAGCUGAGCAUUAAUCGACAAUGAAGAUGUUUUCCGUACAUAACAUAGGUCCUUUCUUUUCAUCUAUUUUUUCAUCACGGACUAGGUUUUUCUUAUGGGUUAAUCUGGAAUUCGUUUUUGUAUGCUACAUAUUUUAUUCCCAUUUUUGAUUCUUUUAGGAAACACACAGACACACGCACACUAUGAAUAUUAGAUGGAGUGGAGAGAGCAAAUGGAAGAAUCAUUGAGUGAAGGAAUACUUAGAGCACUAUCAUGUUUUAUCAGCUGGAGGGGAGACGAAGAUGGAAGAAUCACAGAGUGAAGGAAAACUGACAGCACUAUGAUGUUCACUAAACUUCAGAUGGCCGUUUUAUUAAAAGAAAAUUUUCGUAUUUUGCAGCCAGGGCAGCGCUACAGAGGUACAAACUUAGUACUAAGCUGUUGUUAUGCAUCUGCAUGAUUGUAUAUGUGUCUCUUAAUGUAUGAGAAAGCUCUUUGAUCUAAACAAAGGCUAGAGGGUACUUUCAGCAUUUUGAAAUAUUCCGCAGGAUAUAUGAAGACAAGCCUAUCCUAGCCGAUCGAUUCUCCAUAAUAAUUCACACUUGCUUUCAAGACUAUUUUUCAGUUGUGUCCUUUCGCUUCGUUCAACAUUUAAUUUUGAUAUCUGAUGCUUGCACGAGAUGCAAAAUUCUAGGAGCACACCUGUGGAUUUCAAAUUGCUUUUCAGAUGGGAAGUAAGUGCAAAGCCCACACUUUGCUCUUCAUAAUAAUCUCUCUGACAAUAUGUUCUUCUUUGUUGUGUGCACAGCAUGGGACCGCGUCCAUGGCAUCAUAUGUCACAGGACAACAAACGGCACAAGAGAUCAUACGAGCGGACAUUCGCUAUGUGGUGUCUCAAGAGACUAGCGAUGUCCGAGUUACCUGCUGCCGAUCCCAUCCAGCAGGCAGGCGGGACUAGCAUCGAUCGGGUGAGUGGCAACGGCGAUCAACUCAGUUGAGCUAGGAUACAAUCAGAUAGCCACAGUCCACAGGGACAGUUUAAUCCUUUCACGAGCAUUCUUAUGUGAGAAGAAAAAAUGAAUAAAAGAGUUGCUAAUGGCAUAGUAAUCAAGGUGUCAACGAUCUAAGUGGCGAUUUUACGGAGUCAAUAUGGAAAGGGGCAAUUUCUUAAAGCCACAUGACGAAGGUGGCAAAAAUCCAAAUACUGCUACCUCAUACAGUCUAGGCCCCUGACACUUAAAAUAUUAGCAACAAUCAGUUUGCAUAAUAGUGAUGUGCUCAUUUGUCAUGGAUGGUUAUCAAAUGCAGUUCAGAGAGGGUAAGGUGCCUGGAAGUAUGUAAUACAAUUAGCUUAUGUGUGAUCACUUACCAAAUUUUAGCUUAUGUGUGAUCACUUAGCAAAUUUCUGGUAAUAUUAUAUCAUGUUCUUACCAGUUUGCAUAAAUUAAUUAGUCCUUUUCAUGAAUAUUCUCCUGUGAGCUCCAUUAUCCGGUGGCUUUAUUAGAUGAAAAAAAAUCAUCACUAAGCAAGUAUAUAUGUCAAAGGAAUAUCUUAUAUCAUUUUUGAUUAGUUGCUUACAUGUGAUUGUUGUCUUCAACCACAUGGAUUUGGAUCUUGGUGCUCAUCUUAU